CUACUACCUAGCAACCUCACCCGCACUGCCUACAGAUCCUCUCGCCAUGCAUACCUGACCGCAAGAAACCAACCAUGGCGUGUCCUGUGCGAGUGUAUCCCCUCCGGAAACCUAAGAACCACCGCCUCCCCGUGCCGCGGUACACGCUCACUCUCCCGGAUGGAGUCGAUCACGUGUACACCUCCUACAUCGGGGUGCAGCAGCACUCGGACGAUCCCGCGAGCGCGGCUGCAAAGCGCACAGUCUGCGAAUACAUAAGAACCUGGCUUCUAUCCGCCCACCAGCCGGCGAGCUACGAAUCCUUCUCGCUGCUCGACGGCCGCGAAGCCCCCGGCACCACCGUAUGGGUAUGCUACUGGGCCGACGCCCGCACCCACGAAAGCGCCCUGGCUGCCCUCGAUCUCCGCGCCCUGCACGCCCGCACGCCGAAGCAACAACAACCCGCCAUCGGCCUCUGGCUCGAGGCCUUCGCAACCCCCGUCGCGCGCCUCGAGACAAACUACGCCGGCCCCGACUACCUCCCCGGCCUGGCGCGGCUCCCCGGCUCCCGCGCCGCAGAACACGAGCUCGCGACGUACUGGGGCGCGGCGCGCGACCGCAUCCCGGACUCCGCGCACGACCUGUUCCCGCGCCCGGCUGCCGCGGAGCGCCCCCAGGACCCCGUGGGGCGCGGCCAGUACCUCACGGGCACCAGCCACGCUAACCUGGUGCACAUCCGCUCGGGCCAGUGGUGGGCGGCGUGCGGCGCGGCCGAGGCCGGCGCGUACGAGACGAAGCUGGAGCCCACGCUGCGCAAAGGCCUGCAGUACCUGAACGAGCACGCCGCGGACACGGGCGCGAUGGGGCUGCGGUACCUGCGCAACACAGACACCGAGAGCCCGCUAGUCGAUGAUGACAGGAAGGAGACGUGCGGCGCGGGGUUCUUUGCGAAUCUGGAGGAUCUGGAGACGUGGGCGAAGACGCAUGGGUCGCAUUUGGCGAUCUGGCGCGGGGCGCUGGCGCAUUAUAAGGCGUUUCCUGAUAAUAGGCGGUUCAGGACGUGGCAUGAGGUUAGUGUUGUGGAGCAGGGGCGGUCGCGGUUCGAGUAUGUUAAUUGCACGCGGGGGACGGGGGUUAUGGGGACUACGCAUUUGGAGGUGGAGGAGCUGGAUCUGUGAAGUGUCGUCAAGAGAAGGAGUGGUGUGAGCUGACUUGGUCAGCAUCAACAGUGAGGGCCGGACGAACGUCGGAGUGGAUUAACGGGUGUCAUAUGGAGAUCCAUGUCUCUGGACUCACUGCGCGCGACGGCAUGAAUCAAGGCUCGUUGAUGAUGCGUGCAGAUUUGGCCGUCA